AUGAGCCAAAGUUUCGUUAGACUACUGAUUUUCGUGCUACUACUUAUAAUUUCGACAAAGUGCGAUGGGAAUUCCCUCACCAAUUACGAAAGUGAUUACUUGGUGUCCUAUGUGAAUCGCAUAAAAUCCGGCAUGAACUUAAGUGUGAAUCCUUGUGACGACUUCUACGAGUACUCCUGUGGAAAUUAUCGUUGGAGCGCCCAGCUGUUCUGGAGAAUGAUGGGAUCUUGGCAAGGUGACUACAGCACAAUAUACCUGCAGGACAGGAUGGAACAUUUGUUGGGCAAGAUGGAUCUGGCGGAGUCGCUCAAUGUGUCCAAGGAACUAAAGCUGGCCCAAAGAUUCUACAACGCCUGUCUGGAAGCCGAUCUCUACCCUUUUCCUGCUGCUGAUCCGCACUAUCUUUCCCUCAUUCGGUCGAUCGGAGGUUUUCCUGCGGUGGAUGGAGCCAACUGGAAUGCCUCCAACUUCAGCUGGUUCAACAUGAGCGCCCACUUGAUCAACUACGGGGCAGAGGGUCUGUUUCGCGAUCGAAUCGAUUCGAAAUUUCCAUUUCAGCCUGAAAUACGUUUCGCACGGAUGGGUUUUAAUGAAUUCGUGAACUUGAGACCGAACGACGAGGAACAAAUGACGGGUUACUUAAGAUCCUUUCAAUUGACAGAGGAUAACAUUUCAGAGGUGAUCGCCGGGGUGCUUGACUUCUGGAAAGAGGCAAAAUCCAUAGAUUACGAGGACCAACCAGGAAACUGCGAAGCCUUCGAGGCCAACUACUUCAAGAUCGUUUGGGACGGGGAUAAGAUCGUUUGGAACAAGGACCAACCAAGGGAAGACGCAGACUGUUAUUCCUACCUCGUAGAGUUGGACAAGGUGGUUUCCCGUCAUCCCGAGGCGGUGGCCAAUUAUCUGGCCAUGAAGCUGCUGUAUGCACUCGAUGCAAACCUUGAGAGCACUGAAGAACAAAAACAGUUUUGCCUUAUUCGAAUGCAGUUCUCAAUGGAGUUCCUUUUUAGCAAACUCUUUUUGGCGGAUCACAUCCCUGACAAAAUAAAAGGGGAAGUAUCGGAAAUUGUGGAGGAAGUGCGGGACAGCCUGAGCAGAUCGCUGAACGAAGCCGAUCCGAAAAAUCGCUUGUCUCGAAAAAUUCUCCGGGAAUUUCCCUUCAACUUUACCAAGCUGAACUCAUUUGCCGAUCGUGUUAUCUCGGAGAUUGCUAGCCUAGAAAUAGUCGACGAUAGUUACGCUGCAGCCAAUAUAAAUAUGCAACGCCUCUUCGUUAACAGCCGUAGAUAUAGCGCUCGUCACUCCAUGGAACUCCCCAUAUCCUCCAAGUCACCUGAAGACAUGUUGAGUGAAUUUUUCGACUUCGACAGAUAUUUGCAACCACCCGUUUACCACCCCACUUGGCCAAUAUCCCUCAAAUUCGGUGCCUUGGGAAGUUUCGUUGGGCGACAGGCCCACAUAAAUAAUGAGGUAUAUUAUGAGAGUUUUGACCCCGAAAGGGAAGAGGAAAAGUUGCAAUGGGCAUUCUCUGCCUAUAAAAGCCACAUUAAGCAUCUUCUGGAGGAUCAUAAGCAGGAUAGGAUCAAUGAGACUAUGCCAGGACUUGACUUGUCGCCAGAUCAGCUGUUCUUCCUCGGAGCCACUCAGAUCUUUUGCGCCCCGCACAAGGAGCGGUCUAAGAAUUCCUACAGGCCUUCGGUUGUCCUCCAGAAUCUGGCAUGCGUGAUGUAG